AUGCACCAUGCAUGCACCAUCUUGAUAUGAUUCCUUCACAACGAUCAAUUUCCAAAGACAGAAAAAAGAAAAGAAAAGAAACAGAAUCAUGAUGAGAGACUCAGAUAUUUAAAGAGAAGUUUCUGUGGAGGGUUGAAGGGAAAGGAAAGUUGAGCAUCCAUCGUGUUUGUUGUGAAGAGAUAGAAGCUAUCAUUGACAUUCCCAUAAAACCUUCAAAUCCUAUCCUAAAGUUGAGAAAUCAACACCAAAGCCACAACCUCAAACACCAACUACACCACCCAAAGCAAAAAGAUAGAAGAAAACAAAGAGGGUUGAACUUUGGAGUCAAUUCUUUCCUGACCUUGAAACACAUCAAAGUUUCUACACUUCCAUCUCGAUGACUACUGGUGCCAAGAAACACCCUGACUUCUUCAAAGUCUUCCUUCCGGAACAAAGCUCAGAAAGAUUGCUUAUCCCAAAUUCUUUUGUGAGGUUGAUUAACAUGCAAGGAAGGAUCCCUGAGGAUGUCAUACUCAGAAAUUGUGGUGGGAGAGUUUGGCAUGUCAAAACGGGUCGUAUUGGAGAGAAGUUAUACUUUGAUGAUGGGUGGAAGGUUUUCCAAGAAGAAAACUGUUUAGGAAAAGCUGACUUUCUGGUCUUUGAGUAUGAUGGAAGCAAUGAGUUCAAGGUAUUAAUCCUUGAAAUAUCAACACAGUGUGAAAAGACUGUGGUAAAGAUGGAGGAGGAGGAGAAUGUAGAAGAGGAAGCAGAAGCACAAGAAGUUGAUGAGAUGGAGGUGAGAGAGGAGGAAGAACAUGAACAAGUUGAGGAGGGUAAGAUAGAGGAUGAGGAAGAUAGUGAAGAUGAGGACUAUGAUAGUGAUGACGAAGAUGACAGUGCCUAUGAUAAUGGUAGUGAUGAGGAUUCAGGGAUGGAAGAAGAGAUUGAAGAAGAGCACAGUGCUGGAAGCAUCGGUCGAAGUUAUCUUAGAGCUUGCAAAAGAGAGACUGAAUCAAGUUCUACCCCCAGGGUGGAAGGUCCUCUUGAAGUCUAUGAAUUUGAUCCAGAAAUGUAUAUUCAGCCGGAGAAUCCAUAUUUUGAAGCAAAACUCUACAAAAGUAGACGCAAUGAAUUGCACAUUCCAGGAAAUGUCAUUAAAGACUUUUCCCUCACUUUUCAUGAAAAGGUUACCCUCUUUUGUUGCGGAUGCUGCCAACGCCGGGAUUUUCAAGAAAUUGAGUUACGAGAGUAUCAUCUGAGCUUGGCACAACAUGCACCCAUCCGAAAAAGAUAUUUGGAAGUGUCAGGAGAAGUCUGUAGGUGGCUAGAUGGUAGAGUAUGCGUCAAAGGUUGGUUGAGCUUUUGUAGAAGGAACAAGAUGACAAAAUAUGAUACGUGCCUAUGUGAAAUUAUAUCAGGGGAAGACCAAAUAGUAAGAAUGUUUCGAGUGCAUGUACUAUGUUCUAGGAGGGGAUGAACACACAAUUGUGAUGCCAGUGAUUUGGACUUUUGACUAGCUAAUUGUUAAUGCUUAUAAUUUUCUCAUGUAAUGGUUUCUUCCAUUUUCUUAUGGAAUGAUAACCAUAUUCAUCCAUACUUCGUUGCAUUCACAGUCAUGUAACUUAGACUACUUCACUUUAGCCAUUUGUCUUGUUCUACUUUGGACAACUUCUAUUGAUUGGAUUGGAAUCUGAACUUGCUUGUGGGCUUAAAUUCCACUUUGUUUUUAGUUGGACAAAUAUGAACUUAAUUUUUAUGCAAUUGGUGAACCAAUUUGAUGCUAGAACCAAU